AUGUCUGAGAACAGGAAACAGGAGAAGGACUACACCACAGAGGUAGACGAGGCACUUCCGCUGGCCGAGAAAACCGCCAAGAGCGGAAAGCUGCAGGACGCCCUCGACAAGCUAUUUGUGUUGGAAAAGCAGGCUCGAAAUGCGGCCGACCUGAAAUCUACGACGCGUCUGGUCACCGCGAUCACGCGGUUGGCGUACGAGACGCGCGAUUAUUCGCUACUCAAUACCAGCAUUCAAACGCUCGCCAAGAAGCAUGGCCAAUUGAAGGGAGCAGCGCAGGGAAUGGUCGAGCAGGCGAUGGGCUGGUUGGACGAGAUUCGCUCGCGAGACGGCGUUGAGAAGUGGCUUGAGCUUGUCGAGACGUUGCGUACGGUCACCGAGGGCAAGCUCUACCUCGAGACACCUCGCGCACGCGUUACCCUCCAGCUCGCACAGUAUUACGAACAUUUGGCCGAGAACCCGACAAAAGACUCCCCGCCAAAACGUGACAGCCUCAUCAGGGCGUCAGACCUGUUGAAUGAUCUUCAGGUCGAGACGUACUCGUCCAUGGAGCGCAAAGAGAAGACAGACUUCAUCUUGAACCAGAUGCGGUUGCUCAUCGAGGUUGCGCGGAUCAAGGACGCAGAGUACGAGGUGGACCGCAAGGAUGUCAAGGGGAAGGAUCCUAUGGGCGGCGGAGAGAACGAAUGGGUCAAAGUUCGCGUUGCUAGCAGGAAGAUCAAUGAGCAAUUCUUGACGGACAAGGAUAACGAGGCGCUCAAGCUUACUUACUACGACAUGAUGGUGCAGUACGGCUUGAGGCAUCAUGCUUACCUCGACAUUGCGAAAUACUACCGGAAAGUAUGGGAGACGCCAUCGAUCAAGGGAGACGAGAACGGCAAGGGUCGCAUUGCUCUCGAGCAUAUUGUAUACUUCUGCAUUUUGGCCCCACACGAUAACGAACAAUCCGACAUGAUGAACAAGCUCUAUAUCGACCCAUCAAUAACGAAGCUCGAGCCUCAGCAUCAGAUCUUGAAGUCGUUUACUGACCAGGAAAUCAUGCGCUGGCCAGCAAUCGAGCAGGUCUACGGCUCUUUCUUGCGAGAAACGGACGUGUUCAAGGUUGACAAGCACUGGGAAGACCUGCAUAUCCGCAUCAUUGAGCAUAACAUCCGCAUCAUCGCCACAUAUUACAGCCGAAUCAAGCUGGACAGGUUAUCAACGCUCCUGGACCUCCCCGUCAAGGAGACGGAGGAGACGCUCUCUCGUCUCGUUGUAUCCGCUACUAUAUGGGCACGCAUUGACAGGCCAGCAGGCGUUGUCAACUUCCGGGCGAAGCGCGACGCGGAGGAGGUCAUGAACGACUGGAGUUCGGACAUGCAAAAGUUGUUGGGUCACGUCGAGAAGGCGUGGAUGGACAUGAAUGCGGCCCAAGCAGCACAGAGCAGGGUGAAGGCUCAGGCGGCUGCUGGGUCAUGA